GUUGGAUACCUGAGUUCACAUCCUAAAUUAUUUUAUCAAUAUUCUUUAAUCACCAUUGCGAAUUUGUUUGAAACCAUCACCAAAUAGGUUAUUCACUUAUUUAUUACUAUGAUGCAUCUAAUUCUGACAUCGAAAUGAGAAAUAUAAUCUUCUCAGAAAUUAAGGCGCUUGCAACUAUAACCCCAGAAUGAACGAAAGAUAGAGCAAAUAUAUAUACUCAGUGGCUAGGAAAUGCAAUCAGUUUUCAAGCUUUUCUUUUCUUAUUUCUUAAGAAUUUAACAUGUGUAUAAGUUUGGAGGAUAAAUUAUAGGUCUUAUUAUUCAUUGAUUAGCUUAUCAUAGAUUGGAGGAUUUUGAUUUCAGUUUGCGGUCAUCUUGCUCUGAUGGACAAUAAAAAUUAUAAUAAUUAUAAACACUAAGAUACAGAAAGAAAAAUAAUGAGGCUAAAAUCCCCCUGUAAUGAGAGGUUAAACUUAAAUAUCCUUUUUGAUUUAGCUCAAAGAAUACCACAGUUCUGUUUUUUCGUUUUUUUGGAACAAUGUCUUUUAUAGUGUCUGAUCAUGUUCUUACCUGCGAAUUAUAGUUUGAUGCUUUAUUAUUAUGUCGGUCCACUUCCAUUAAUCAAUUUCUUAUGGUAUGAAAUAUGCUCAGAUCUUUACUCUUUUUCGGCUUGACUUUGGCCACGGUGUUUUGACUCCGGCAAAACAUCUUGAUCUCAUAAUUUUGGAAUUUGAAGAUAUAAUAAAGAGGAUGUCAAACUUAAUGGACAAAAAUAAAGAGUUAGAGUACGAAGAAGAAGAAACUCAAGAGGAAUGUCUACUGGAAUGGAGAAGAUGUUUGGUGUUCAAACUUGUUACAGGGAGAGGUCAUGCUUUCUUUAUUCUUAAAGAGAUGUUACUUAAAGCUUGGAAAACUUCAGGUGAUUUCUCCCUAUCAGAUCUAGGAAAUAAUAUUUAUAAAAUUAGAUUUGAGAAUCUUUGUGAUAUGGAAGCUGUACUGAAAAGUUCUCCAUGGGCUCUAAACAACGAGUUAAUGGUGAUAGAAAGAUGUGAUGAUGAUCUACUUCCAAAGGAAUAUGAGUUUAAAUAUGUGUGGUUCUGGAUCCAAAUCCAUGGGUUACCAAUCAGUAUGUUAAACAACAAGAAAAUCUACAACAUGGCGAAGAAAUUUGGGAACCCUCAAAAUAUAACAGAUGAAGAUGCUGCUAAAUGGGGCAAGUAUGCUAGGAUUAGGGUUCGAAUUGAUAUCACUAAACCAUUACCAAAAGAGAUGAAGGUCACCUUUGCAUCAAAGAAGAUUCGUACAAAUCAAUUUAGAUAUGAAAAGCUACCUAAAUUAUGUUAUUUCUGUGGGCUAUUUGGGCACGCCAUGAAACAAUGUCCAGUUUUAUCAUCAAGCAUAGAAAAGUUGAAGUUACCUCCGAAGUUUUCAGUCAAAAAAUGGAAAAUCCAAGGCUUUCUAACUACAUUGAAGAAAUUAGAGUCGACUUCAAAGGCAGAGAUAAAGUUCCAGUCACGCCUAUUAUUAUACCGGAAAAAAUGUGUAAUCCGGCGAUUUCAAAUCUUCAGUUAGAAACAGAUAUCAGAGUUUCCGGCGAUAAUGAGAACGUGGAGAUGGAGGACACUAGGAUUACUGGCCGACAAAAUUCAGACGUUCAGAUUGUCAACUCUCAAUAAUUUUAUACGUACCGCCAGAAAAACAAUACUAAAACAACAUCCAACGUGGCAGCUACGUGGAGGAUAAAAAGCAGAAAAACUUGUCUGCAGUUUUGCAAGAAGAUAGAGAAAACUGUCUAUUCAAUUAGAGACGUCGAUUUAAUUGUAAUAGUAAAGAGCUAUUCCGGUCCAUUGGAUCUAAAUCUAAUAAAAUCUCCCCAAAUAUCUUUUCUUUCUUAAUUAGCUUCUCUUGCGGUAAGACCAAGAAAAGACUUCUUCUCUCUUUAUUACUGUGCUUCAUACAUUCCAAUCACCAUUGUUACUGUAAUGUAUGAU